UGUGUCGUCUGUGUGAAGAGUGUGAAAGCUUGAAACUUGCAGCACUGAAGACUGCCAGAGCGCGUGGCCAUCGGCUUUCAGAGAGUGCAAGGGCUUUAAAGAUCUCCAUCCAUGGAUUUUGGAAGUGAGAGCGACUCGUAUUCAGACAGUGGCUCGGAUGACAGCAUCUGCUCAGGUUCGUGCCAUGCCGAGCACAUCCUGCAGGUGCUGAACACCUUCCGUCAGAGCGGCACCUUCACAGACGUGGUGCUGCUGGUGGAGGACCGAGAGUUCCCAUGCCACCGGGCCACACUAUGCGCCAGCAGCCGGUACUUUCGCACCAUGUUCACAGGGCAGCUGCGUGAGAGCCGGCAGACUGCAGUGCGUCUGAAGGAAGUGUCAGCUGCCGCCAUGGAGCACCUUCUGGACUUCAUCUACGAGGGACGGGUGAGGCUACAGGAGGAAAGCGUGGAGAGUGUCUUCCAUGCAGCCGACCUGCUGGAUGUUCCAGCACUCUCCCGGGCCUGCGUGGACUUCCUGGAGAAGCGAAUGUGUCCCUCCAACUGCCUGGGCCUCAUAGACUUUGCAGGGCUCUACUCAAUAGAUCAACUGCUGGUGCGCUGCCAGGGCAUCCUGUACCAAAGCUUUGAAAAGGUCUCGAAGCAGGAGGAGUUUCUAGAGCUGCCGUUGGACAGGGUGUUGGAGUUAUUGGACUCUGAGAAGCUGCAGGUUCAAGAGGAGGUGCUAGUGGAGGCAGCACUGGGUUGGGUCUACCACCGGCGCAACCAGAGGAAAGCAGCUCUCAAGAAGUUGAUGGAGAGGCUCAGGCUGCCCCUGCUGGAUCCUGUGUUCUUCACAGAUAAGCUGGAGGCAGAUGAGCUCAUGCAGGAAUGCUGUGAAUGCAGACUCCUGCUUCAGGAGGCCAGAAAGUACCAGAUCUACGGCAGGGAGAUCAGCUCUGAGAGAACCAAACCCAGAAGGCGAUCCGGCUGGGCUGAGAUGAUUGUGGUGAUCGGAGGUUGUGACAGAAGUGGAAUUUCUAGGCUCUCUUUUGCAGAGAAACUUGAUCCCAUCUCAGGGAAAUGGCUUCCUUCGGCCACUCUGCCAGGCUACUCCAAAUGUGAAUUUGCUGUGUGUGAACUCCAGAACGACAUUUAUGUAUCAGGUGGGCAACUGAAUAGCUCAGACGUGUGGCGCUUCAUGUCUCAACUGAACCAGUGGGUGCGAGUGGGCGGCCUACUAAAGGGCAGAUGGCGACACAAGAUGGCUUCUCUGAGGGGAAAGCUGUACGCUGUUGGCGGUUAUAACGGCCACCAGAGGCUAAGCAGCGUGGAGUGCUUCAGUGUAUUUGAGAAUGCCUGGAAGGCUGUGGCUCCUCUGCUACUGCCAGUCAGCUCAUCUGCUGUGGUCAGCUGUGCUGGAAAGCUAUACGUUAUUGGAGGGGCUCUGAGUGAAGAAUGCAACACAAACAAGGUGCAGUGUUACGAUCCCGUGAAAGACCAGUGGACGUAUGUGUCACCCACUCCGUUCUCUCAGAGAUGCAUAAAUGCAGUGUCCCUUAACGGCUCCAUCUACGUGGCUGGAGGUCUCCUGGACGUCAUCUACUGUUACACUCCCAAGAUCGAUGCCUGGAGCAAAGCUGCAGAGCUGGCCAUGAAAGUGGAAAGCUGUGGACUGACUGUGUGUAACGGAAAGGUGUAUGUCGUGGGCGGGCGUGAUGAGUUUGCAACUGCCAUCGACCGCAUGUGGGCGUUUGACCCGGUGAGUGGCCGGGUGACAGAGGAGAUGCCGCUGUCACGCAGCCUGAGCAACCACGGCUGUGCCACCAUCACGCAACACCUAGAAAACAAAUAAGGCAGUGCUCAAUGAUCAGGAGGAAAGCGGACUGACAGCUUCUUUGUGUUCCUACAGUUGCUGUAAGACGUGCUGAAGAGCCAGAAAAAUGAAGUUAACUGCUGCUGAACUAUAAUGUGACUAUAUUGUUGCUGUCAUACAAAAUCCUCAUAUCUCAAAAUUGGCAACUUUACAGAAAAGAAGGAAACAAACUACGUAAUUACUUUGAAUUCAAAAAAGUAACCUUGGACCACUUCUUUUAGUUUAUUCAUCAUGAAAUUCUGAGAUAAUAUAAACAACAUUACAAAAAUGAAAAUGCUGGGUUUUUGCCUGACAGUGAUGGUAUGCUGAUCUUG